AUGGGAGGAUUUAUUGCACUUGGUUUACUAUUUAAUUUGAUGGACACCAUUAAGUCCGAAGAAAUCUCAUACCGCGACAAAACCGGAAAGCUCAUCGAGCUUGAGGAAAGUGAAGAAAUGCCGUUGGACGAGGAUCGUCCUACCCCACCGGAUAAAUCAGUAGGGCGUGCAGUUGAGCGCUCCACAUCCGGCCCCAUUCCGAAUGAAAAAGAAGUAUCUGAGAUCCUCUCAGGAAUUGCAUCCAUUACCGUGCAGAUCAUGACAUCCGGAUCUCUCGUCAUUCUAAAGAAGGAUGUCUCCUUCCCCAUUCUCACAUCACCCCUGCGAGACGAUGCGAAAAUAAGUCUCCCCGUAGUCGGUGGCGCGCAAUACGGAAAGGGGCGCAUGAUUAUUUACGCUUCCGACAUGUUGGCCCUACUUUCGCCCGGGAUGCCAAACCCAUUGUUGAUUUCGGCUAUUAAAUGGACCACCGGCGGGGGCGGGAAGAAGAAGGCAGUCAUUCUAAGCAAAUAUAAUACCGCUGAUUUAACCUCGUUUCUCAAAAAGGAGGGCUAUUCCGCCAAAACAGUUUCACCAAGUGUUUCCCUUUCAUCCAAAAUUUUGGCGGAUGUGGAUGUCGUAAUUAACGCAUUCAUGUGGGACUUGACCCCCGGGAAUGGCGCGAUUUUGAAGGAUUUUAUAUUCGAAAAGGGUGGCGGGUUUGUGGGCGCGUGUAAUAGUUGGCAUCGAAACGGCGACGAGCUGAAAGCCCAUUACGCAAAUGUGCUGAUUGGCCCGGCUGGACUGUUUCUAAUUACCCCGCAAACAGAUCCACCUGAUUCUGGUGUUCUCGACGCGUCAUUAGAUCUUUUGAGGGAUACGCAUACUCAUCUGCUUAUUGACGAGUUGGCAAAAAUGGUAAAAACUAAUGACGCCGAGGGUGGCAAGGAGGACGUGAGAUACUCAAAAAUAGCGAAAAUUUUAAAAUUCGCGCUGGAAGGUGUGGACGACGCUUAUAUUCCUUGGUUGUCUCAACUUACCCCGGUUUUCGACUCGUUACCCCCAAUCAACCCAACCGCAAAGGCCCCCGUUAAGGCUUCGGCACUUAAAAAACUUCAAGUAGACGUGGAGUGGAUCAAGUGGAUGAAAUUGGAACCAAAAGAUAUUCAGGCGCACCCCGCCCACGCCGAUUUUCCCGGGGCAGUCAAACCAACGGCGGUUCGAGUGGCUUCCUUCAAUCGCACGAUACCCCUGGACCAACGACACGCGUUGGAAUACAGUAAGGAAAAAGGGUUCCCAGAAGAUGGCGCGGAGCCAUACAAACUUGGAAUUGUACCGCACUCAGAUCGUGCUUGUAUAGCUUGGUGUUCCUCCACGAUGUACGCCCCGGCGGGAGAAGUCGUCGAAAUUAUUCUCCACUCGGAUAAAGUUACCAGUUUCACGGCGAUCAUUGGGCCGCACAAUGAUGAUUUGAGAGACUACAAGGAUAAUUGGACAAGAUACCCCAAGAUAUCCUACUUCCAAACCUACUCCUCCAACCGGGCCAAAGCCGCCUCUCCUUUCGGCGGGUUAAUCUAUGUGUCCGACAUCGUCGCCAAAGGCUCUCCCUCCACCGUCACUCUCGAAGUCAAAGGCGCCGUCGCCACGAACACCUUCAUUUUCAAAGAAACCCCCGAAGCCGAUUGGAACUCCGCCCUUUCCAAAAACAACGACGCCCCCUUCUCCGAAUUUGUCUCGGAACGCCUCAUCUUCUCCGUCCCUUCCGGAAACGCAUCCCUCGUCAAGAACCCCGACGCCUUAAUGACCUACUGGGUCACCGCGGUCGACGCCAUGUCCGACAUGGCCGGGUACAAGCCAGACCUUAACUUCCACCGUGUCGUCUUCGACCGGGACAUCACGAAGGGCGUCAUGCAUUCCGGAAACCCUAUCAUGGGCUACGUCGAAAACGCCAUGACCGCCCUCGACCUCGAAACAGCUUAUCAAAACGGUUGGGUAUUUUUACACGAGCUGGGUCACAACCAUAUCCAACCCCCGCUAAGAAUGGAUGGCAUGAUGGAAGUGACCAACCUAAUUUUUGCCACGUACGUCAGAAACGUGACCAUCAAUAUGACCAUGAUCGAAGCCAAUUGGUGCAACCCCGCGGGAAAAAUGCUCGGCCGGGUGGAACGAUAUCUCAAAAUAGACGAAAAGACUAGGUUCAACUUCUUCAAGCGGGACGGCAUGUGCGGAAUUGCAGACGUUUUCUUUUACCAGCUGGAACUUUCGUAUGGAUGGGAACCUUUCAAAAAGAUGUUUCGGGCGUAUAGAAAAAUGAAGGAAAGUGAACUUCCGAACACGGAUGAGGAAAAGUGGGACACGUUUUUCGUCACGUUUUCGACCUGUGUAGGGAAAAAUUUGAAGGAUUUGUUUACCUCGUGGAGCAUCCCGCUAGGCGGCGGGGUGGACGGGAAGGUGGCUAAGCUGCCGAUGGCGGACGAGACGGCGAAAACUUUGGUAGAAAUUUUGACCAAGGAGAAUAAGGAAAUUUUUAAGCCGAAGGAUUGGACGAUCAAGAGCGACGGAACGAAAAUGAACUUAAAAGAAAUGCAUGAGUAUAUGAAAGAAAAGAGGAAGAAGAAGUACGGAGGUUAA